GUGGUGGUCAUAUGACAGGAAGUAGAACAGAAACACGGACAUGCUUUGUUUUUAUUUUACAGCCAGCUGUCAGAGGCGCAUUUAGGCUGCAGAUGUCGUUUUAAACUCACAUCCAGGCAGCAGGAGGUCGACGCAGACAUCCACCAUAAACAACUGAGCUUCUCUUCCGUCUUGAUCUUCAUCAUGGUGGAGCCAACAGCAUCCGGCGUCUUCUGUAACAGGAUGCUGAGCAUGGUCAACUCCGAGGAUGUCAACGCCAUCAUCCAGGCUCAGAGACACAUGCUUGAUCGCUUUGAGAAAACCAACGAAAUGCUGAUCAACUUCAACGGGCUGUCUAAUGUGCGACUGCAGCAGAUGAACGAGCGCUUCCUGCUCCACACCCGCACCCUUGUGGAGAUGAAGAAAGAUCUAGACAGCAUCUUCAGAAGGAUUAGGACGCUAAAAGGGAAGAUUGCUAAACAGUACCCAGAAGCUUUCAGCAGUAUCCACGAGUCACCCAUCCUGGAGGACGACGAUGAUGAGUUUGACCCAGUUCCACCCAGUGUUGCCACAACAAUUACAACAGCCACCUCGGAGCAGAGCACAGAGUCCUGCGACACGAGUCCAGAUGUGAUCUCACCCACUGUCAGCAGAUGCUCUGAAGAUCUCUCUCAAGAGCCGCCUGACACGCCCACCUCCGAGGUCCUAGAGACAGCCGUCCUACGGGACGAGGGCCCUGACUCUGUACCUGCAGAACAGAGCACUUUGUGAAUGGAUUUUCAACCUUUAAAACUAUUUUAGCAGGAGGUCAUGUUGUAUAUUUGCGUUUGUGUUGGCUUCUACAAUAUUUGCUGACUUUUACAGUCAUUAAUCUAUCUGUUGGGAAGAGCGUCACAACCUUGAUGUUAGAUGUGGCUAUGAACUGUCCUUGAGGACACUUUUGUUGGCAUGCUUAUUAGUCUUAUGCCUGCACAGCACUAAAACAAAGCAGAUAAUACUUGAAGUUGUAUAGUAUCUCACUAUAAAUGUACUGUAAAUCUAUGGUACUAAUGGCAAACCUGAGCAAACACACACACUCAUUAUGUGAUUAUAAGCAUAUUUAAUUUUAUUUUAUUUUAAGAGAUGCACACCUGACUGAAGGAAGAAGUCUCAAAUAUCAUCUCAUAUUGUCACAUUGCUGCACUGUUAUUCUAUGGGCUCCUAUUUUUGAUGCAUUCAUAAAUACUUUCAUCAGCAUUUAAUCUGAUGCUUUACUGAUCCCUGCCAAGAAGUCUCCUUGUUUGCCUCUUCCAUCUCAGGAAUGUUUAAUUGUCAGUGAUCAGCGUCCCUGGAGCUGUCAGGGAUUUAGAAAACCAUUCAAGGACACAUUAGCAGAGCAGAGGCUCUUUGAUAUGAGAGCUGGAAACCAGAUUGUGUGAGUGGAGGAUCCAACCACUCCUUACUGCCCGUUAAAGAUUUGGUGUAAAAGGGAAAGUCCAGCCUAAAGUGGACUUGUUAUUUCUGUCAGAUUCUUACAUCUCAGUUUUUGUAGAUUAGAAAAAUGUUUCCCCUUGAAAAGCAGAGAUACAGAGUGAAGUAAAGAAGACUCAUAAUUGUAUUGACUAUUGUUAAAAAUCAAUGGAAUAACAUACAUUAAUUCAUACGGUUGAGUUAUUGUGGGAUUGUGUCUUGAAAAAUGUUUUUGGCUCAGCAAACUUUGUCCUUACAAGUGUGUUACAGCUUUGUCAUUACAACAUUUGAUGAACUGAA